AUGUAUAUAAGCCCUAGAUUGCUAAUCCCCAUGUAUCCACCUCAGUCAUCGCCGGUAAUUGACAUGAAUUCCACUCUCUCUCAAUCGCCAUCGCCGUCGGACUCCAGCGAUUUCGACACCUCAUGGUACGGAAACAUCCAGUACCUUAUUAACAUCUCCGCCAUCGGGGCCCUAACCUGCCUCUUCAUAUUCAUCUUUGUCAAGGUCCGAAGCGACCACCGCCGUAUGCCGGGGCCCACAGCCAUAGUUGCCAAGCUUCUGGCCGCCUGGCACGCCACCGGCCGUGAGAUCGCCCGCCACUGUGGUGCCGACGCCGCCCAGUUCCUCCUAAUUGAGGGUGGCAGCUCCGCCGUCCUCAUCUCCAUUGCCAUCCCUGCCAUUUUUCUCAUUCUUCCUCUCAAUAUUUACGCCGGGACCGCUUCGAUUGCCGAUCAGUUCUCGAAAACAACGAUAAAUCACAUCGUAAAAGGUUCGGCUUUGCUUUGGAUUCAUUUCUUGUUUGCUGUUGUAGUUGUUGUUUUGGUGCAUUUUGGUAUGAAUGCCAUUGAACAAAGGUUGAGAAUUACUAGGUUUAGGGAUGGGUAUGGAAACCCUAGUGACCCUAGUGGGAAUUCUACAGCAAUUUUUACUAUAAUGGUGCAGGGGAUACCGAAAAAUAUAGGGUUUGAUAAAGGCCCUUUGGUGGAGUAUUUUCAACAUAAGUAUCCAGGGAAAGUUUUUCGGGUGGUUGUGCCAAUGGAUUUGUGUGCUUUGGAUGAUUUGGUUACAGAGUUGGUGAAGAUUAGGGAGGAUAUUUCUAAGUUGGUGGCGAUAAUUGAGGCGCGGGUUGGGAUGGAAGGUGAGGAUCAUGAGGACAGAAGAGAAGAGGGGGGGUUGUGGGACAGGGUGCAUUGCUUGUGGAGUAGAGUGAAGGAUUUGUGGAAUCAGGUUGUUGAUGAGUUGGGCAUUUCGGAUGAAGAAAGAUUAAGAAAAUUGCAAGAGCGGAGAGCUGAUUUAGAGAUGGAAAUGGCAGAUUACAAAGAAGGGCGAGCAAAGGGUGCUGGAGUUGCCUUUGUGGUGUUUAAGGAUGUGUACACAGCCAAUAAGGCAGUUCAGGAUUUCCGGAAUGAGAAGAAGAGGCGCAUAGGGAAGUUCUUUUCUAUUAUGGAGUUGCAGCUACAGAGGAACCAAUGGAAAGUUGAGAGAGCUCCAUUGGCAAGUGACAUAUAUUGGAAUCAUUUGGGAUCAACAAAGUUUUCUCUAAGACUGCGGAGAGUGUUUGUAAACUCCUGCUUGCUAGUGAUGCUUUUGUUCUGCAGUUCUCCUCUCGCCGUGAUCAGUGCCAUACAGAGUGCAGCACGGAUCAUCAAUGCAGAAGCAAUGGAUAGUGCUCAGGUGUGGUUGGCUUGGGUGCAAAGCUCUAGCUGGCUUGCAACCAUAAUUUUUCAGUUCCUGCCUAAUGUUCUUAUUUUUGUGAGCAUGUACAUAGUGGUUCCAUCAGCUCUUUCUUAUCUCUCCAAGUUUGAACGGCAUCUUACUGUGUCUGGGGAGCAAAGAGCUGCACUGCUGAAGAUGGUCUGUUUCUUUCUGGUAAAUCUCAUUCUCUUGAGAGCUCUGGUUGAAUCAUCACUUGAGAGUGCAAUCCUAAAGAUGGGUCGAUGUUAUUUGGAUGGAGAAGAUUGCAAACGGAUUCAGCAAUACAUGAGUGCUUCAUUCCUGUCAAAAUCGUGUCUUUCGUCUCUCGCAUUUCUAAUCACAAGCACUUUUUUGGGAAUAUCUUUUGACCUUUUGGCUCCAAUACCUUGGAUAAAAAAGAAUCUUCAGAAGUUUCGGAAGAAUGACAUGCUUCAGCUGGUACCAGAGCAAAGCGAGGGCUACGCAUUAGAAAGUCAGGAUGUGGAGGGCCUACAGAGACCUCUGAUCCCUGAAGGAGCAUCUGAAAAUGGAUCGUCACAUGGUUCCUUACUCAAUGCAAUUGAUUUACCAGGACAAGAUCUUUCAGAUUAUCCAAUCAGCCGAACCUCACCCGUACCUAAGCAGACAUUUGAUUUUGCACAAUAUUAUGCAUUCGAUCUCACAAUAUUCGCCUUGACCUUGAUAUAUUCUUCAUUUGCUCCUCUUGUUGUCCCUGUUGGUGCAAUUUAUUUUGGGUAUAGGUACGUCGUUGAUAAAUACAACUUCCUAUUUGUAUACAGAGUUAGAGGUUUUCCUGCUGGAAAUGAUGGGAGGCUGAUGGACACAGUAUUGUGUAUUAUGCGGUUCUGCGUUGAUUUGUUCCUCCUUUCAAUGCUCUUGUUCUUUUCAGUCCAAGGAGACUCCACAAAGCUGCAAGCAAUAUUCACUCUUGGGUUGUUAGUGAUGUAUAAACUUCUUCCUUCUGAUAAUGAUGCUUUCCAGCCAGCCCUAUUGCAAGGCAUACAGUCUGUUGACAAUCUUAUAGAUGGACCUAUAGAUUAUGAGGUUUUCUCACAGCCCGCAUUUGAAUGGGAUACAUAA